AUGACAGUCGCUGAGCGAUCCGCCUCUGUGGAAGAGGGACCCCGGUCUGAGAAGGCUGCAGCCCUUUUCAUUGAGCGAUCUGAGGAUCUCAAUGAGCUCCCAGACCCUGAUUCUGGCAAGAGCGAUGAGGAGAGGGCGGCGAUUGACCGCAAAUUGAUGUGGAAAGUUGACCUCUGGCUGAUCCCAUGGCUCUGUCUGCUCUAUUUGCUCAGCUUCCUCGAUCGUACCAAUAUCGGCAAUGCUCGCCUUGCAGGACUCGAGACCGAUCUACAUAUGGUCGGGCAUGAUUACAAUAACUCGUUGACCAUUUUCUUUAUCAGCUACGCUCUCGCCGAGCCGUUGACAAACAUUAUGCUUAAGCGCCUUACCCCUCGAUACUUCUUCACAGGCAUCAUCCUUUCUUGGGGGAUAAUUAUGGCGCUCAUGGGCAUUGUGACCAACUACGCUGGAUUACUUGCAUGCCGCUGGUUCCUCGGACUCGCUGAAGCUGGUCUAUUUCCUGGUGUCAACUACUAUCUCAGCUGUUGGUACAAGCGCAGCGAAAUCGGUGUCCGCGCUGCGGCCUUCUUUUCCGCCGCAGCUCUCGCCGGUUCUUUCGGUGGUCUCUUAGCAGCUGCAAUCGCUACCAUGGAUGGCAUUGGCGGGAAACCUGGCUGGGCGUGGAUCUUCAUCAUUGAGGGUGUAGCUACCGUCUUCGUUGGCCUCGCCUGCUGGUGGAUGGUAUUCGACUGGCCAGACACCGCUACAUUCCUGACUCCAGAGGACAGAAUCCGCCUCCGCCGUCGUCUCGCGGCAGACAACCAGGCAUCAACUCACGAAGAAUAUGACAAGCGCCAUAUCUAUGAAGCCCUCAAAGAUUGGAAGACAUGGCUCUAUGCGUAUAUCUAUAUGGGCUGCCUCAUCCCUCUCUACGCAUUUUCCCUCUUCCUCCCCACGAUUCUGCGUGGUAUGGGCUACACUGGAACACGCGCGCAACUUCUCUCUGUCCCACCCUACGCCUGCGCCGCAGUCUUGACAAUUACCGUUGGCUGGCUCGCGGACCGAAGCCGUCUCCGAGGAUAUUUCAGCAUGGGCAUAUCCUGCCUGGGAAUCCUCGGCUUCUGCAUGUUGAUCGGCUCCACCAACCCUAAGAUCCAGUACGCAGGAACAUUCUUAGGUGCCAUGGGAAUCUACCCGUGUAUUCCCAACACUCUCGCCUGGGUCACCAACAAUACCGAUGGCGUCUAUAAGCGUGGAGUCGUCCUGGGAAUAGUCGUCGGCUGGGGAAAUCUCAACGGAAUCGUCUCGUCCAAUAUUUAUCUCAAGACCGAGGCACCACAUUUCUAUACCGGCCAUGGAGUGGUCCUGGCUGCCUUGACUUUGGCCCUGUUGGGAGGCACCGUCGCCAUGCAUGUCCUUCUGAGGAUCGAAAACCGUAAGAGAUUGUCCGGCGAGAGAGAUAACAUGCAUGAAGGCAAGACCCCAGAGCAAAUCUGGGUUUCCGGUGACAAGAGGCCCGAUUUCAUUUAUACUUUGUGA